AUGGUAUUCUCAUCCUUGAAGAACACUUCGUUCAAGACAGUCGUUCUCUUUUCAAUAGUACUGAGAAUAGCUCUCAUAUUCUACAGCGAAUGGCAUGACAAACACUCGGUUGUAAAGUACACAGACGUCGACUACCGAGUCUUCACCGACGCAGCUCGGUUUCUCCUUCAUCCGACUAUAAGCCCAUACUACCGCGAAACCUACCGCUACACUCCUCUACUUGCCCUGAUUAUGACACCAAACAUAUUAUUGCAUCCGUCUUUCGGGAAAUAUCUUUUCUCCGCGUGCGACAUUAUAGUCGGUGUUCUUCUGUACAAGCUCCUUUUGUCGACUGUGUUACCUCGUACAAUGCCAGAAGCAACGAACGAGCAACGUGAACGACACGCAACGUUAUACGCGUCAUUACACUUACUCAACCCUAUGGUCUUCUCUAUCUCAACUCGUGGCUCGUCAGAGUCCACUCUCGGAGCUCUUGUUAUCAUGACGUUAUAUCUCGCGAUGAUACCUAGAAAGACACAGAGGACUUGGGACGCAACCGCCGUUAUGCUUGGAGCCGCGACACACUGGAAGAUAUACCCACUCAUUUACGGAGUGAGCAUCGUCGCCGUAAUGGCGUCUGAAUCUGCGAAGGAUUCAAGCAUCAAUUCCUGGGUACAAGAUCUCGUCAGCAAACGAAGCAUUCGUUUUGCAAUUACCAGCGCUGGAACAUUUAUGCUUUUGAAUGGAAUAAUGUACCUCAUCUGGGGAUAUCCAUUCCUCUACGAAACAUACCUAUACCAUAUCCAUCGUCUCGACCACAAGCACAACUUCUCACCUUAUUGGCUUCCCAUAUACCUUACACACCCUGCCUACGCGUACUUGCAACCUGGGCAGCCUGCAUUGUGGCAGCGCUUCGCACGAUCACCUUUUGCUUCAUUUGUACCUCAAAUGAUUUUGAGCUUGGGUUCUGGUCUCGUAUUCGGACGAGCGGGUUCGCAACACCUACCGUUUACAUGGUUUGUGCAAACAGCAGCUUUUGUGACGUUCAAUAAAGUAUGCACAUCGCAAUACUUCCUCUGGUAUCUGACCAUCCUUCCACUCGUUCUUCCAUCGCUUGCCAUCGCUCGGGCCAAGGCAAUUAUGAUGAUCGCAGCUUGGGUAGGUGCACAAGCUCUUUGGCUUAAAUUCGCGUACGACCUCGAGUUUCUGGGGAAGAACGUAUACUAUUACGUGUGGAUCUGCAGCAUAUUAUUUUUGAUCGUUAAUUGCUGGGAGCUAUGCCAGAUUAUGGUCGCUUAUCAGUGGAGAACUGCGGGUGAAGACAAGCCGACAACUAGUAACGAAAGCAAGAAGGACAUUUAA